AUGGAAUUGCCAGCAUUUUUGAGGCAGAAGCCCCCUUCAGGAUACAUAGCAGGCAUCGGGCGUGGGGCUACAGGCUUCACGACACGCUCCGAUAUUGGGUCCGGGAAAACGCCGGAAAGAAUAAGAGACGAUCGAGAAAAGCCUUUGAACGCCGAUGGGACAGAAGAAGCGGACGAAGAUAGGGUCAAAAGUAACGCAAAAGUACGAUUCGAAGAUUCUAAUGGGCUCUCUUUGGUUUCAAAUCGCCCCGAGGGGGAUGACGAAGAGGCGGACAGAAUUUACAAAGAGAUUGACGCGCAGUUAGGGCGAAGAAACGCACCGCGUAAAAAAGUCGGCAUUGAGAAUGCAAACAACUCCAUCCAAGACACUUUUGCUGCCGUUUCCGACACGUUCGUUGACCUCAAACGAUCCUUGGCUACCGUCAGCGAUGAACAAUGGAGUAAUCUCCCUGAGGCUGGCGAUAUUACGAAGCGCAACAAGCGGCAGAGACUAGAGUUGCAAAGCGAGCGUAAAUCUUACGCUGCACCUGACGCACUCAUUUCCGGUAAUAUUGAUCUCACAAAAUUGACGCAAGAACGUGAGAAACUGUUGGGUCGUCAAUUAGACGAAAGUUUGAGUUCCAAAGGUAACAAAUCGGAGCACUUAGUGAGUAGUUCCGAAAACUAUUUGCAUGAGCUUGAUGCGUCUGCGAAGGCUGCGGAGGUUGACCAGCAGGUCCAAGACGUAGAAAGGAUGAGGACCAUACUAAACUCGUAUCGUAGGUCGGAUCCUAAGAAACCACAAGGUUGGAUUGCCUCCGCAAGAUUGGAAGAACAGGCCAAAAAAUUUAGAUUGGCAAGAAGCCUAAUUGAGGAAGGUUGUAAUGAGUGUCCUCGAGAUAAAGACAUAUGGCUAGAAAAUAUUAGACUCAAUGCGGCAGAUCUCCACUAUUGUAAAAUACUUGUGGCAAAGGCACUUACGUUCAGUGACAGAAGCCUUGACUUAUGGUUGAAGGCCAUUGAACUCGAGAAAGAAAAUUUCAAUAAGCUGAGAGUGGUGCGUAAAGCCAUACGAAGCUUGCCCACAUCGGAAGAACUGUGGAAGCUGGCAGUGCAAUACGAAAACGACAGAGAUGAGGCAAUCAAGAUUUUGCAAAAGGCUACUGAGUUGAUGCCGCACAGUCUCGAUCUUUUAACUGCACUUAUAAAUCUGCAGGAUCGCCUUGAGGCCAGAAAGACACUGAAUUUAGCAAGGCAAAAUAACCCUUCCGAAGUUCAGAUUUGGGUAUUGGCAUGCGAGCUAGAGGAACGGUGCAGCGAUGCGUCUGUGGAUAAACUGGCAAAGCUAUUUACUAAAGGGCUCCAAGAGCUUGCGAAGCAUGGAAGAUCUCUCACCAUCGACCAAUGGCUACAAGAAGCCGCACAAAUCGAGCAGCAGUUUCCGGAUACUUAUCAAAAGACUCUACAGGCCAUGGUGAAAGUCAUUAUAAGCUUCCUGUACAAUCCGCAAGGAUAUUCCCAUACUAUUGCGGCCAUUGAUAAUAUAAGCCAGCAAUGUACUGCUACGAGAUGUCAUGCAUACAAGUAUGUGCUUGAAAAAGACCCUAGCAAAUUUGGGUUAUGGAAGAAGCUUGUGAGCUUUUGCCAAACAGCGGGGCGCAUGAGCGAAGCAUAUCAAACAUUCGAAACUGUAUUGUUUGGAAACGAUGGUGAGGUUUUAGUGAAGUCUCCGGUGCUUGCUUUAAUGUAUUCCAAACUGGUUUGGAAAUCUAAGAACAAUAUUGAAAAAGCCAUGAAGAUUCUAGACGUAAGUUUGACAUUUCAUUCAUCUAAUAUUGACUUUUGGCUUGCAAAGCUCAAAAUUUUAACAAUGGAUUCGCAGUUUGAAAAAGCAGAGGAACUUUUCAACGCGGCUGUUGGUCAAUUAGCUAGUCAACCAGGCUACGAAAGGAUCUGCCACCGAUUUGUUGGUUUCUUGCGUUUCCGGAACAGAACUCAGGAAGCACUCGAACUUCUGGAAACAAAGUUCUUGUCUCAGGUCCCGCUAUGCGAGAAGCUGUAUUUACAACGCGGACAAAUGUAUUGCGACCUGGGCCAGCCUGAGAAAGCCCGCGAGUGUUACUUUGAAGGCGUCAAGAUUUUACCAAAUAGCGCCUCGCUCUGGAUUGCCCUUGGGCGUGCCGACAAAGACCUUCUGAAUCUGCCUGUCCGAGCGCGGUCAGAUCUCGACCUCGCGCUUUUAAAGGUUCCAGCUGGUGCCCAACAAGAGUCACUGCUUGUCGCACGAAUCCAGAUGGAACAAGAGCUCAACAAUCUUCAGCAAGCUAGCUUAUAUCUUGCACAGGCGCUUAAAUCUCACCCAUCAAGCGCACCGCUGUGGGUCGAGAAGCUCAAGCUUACUUCCAAAAAAUCUCUAAAGAAAACUGCCUACCAGGAUGCUUUGAAAAGCACCAAUUCCGAUUAUCGUGUACUCGUUGCUAUCGGCAUUGACUUAUUUUCCGAUUCUCACUACGAGAAGGCUCUAAAAUGGUUUCAGAGGGCUACUGCUGCUGCUCCACGCUUUGGUGACGGCUGGAUCUGGGUUUCUCGCUGUCUCGAGCGCUUAGGACGCAACUUGAAAGAUGUUGUCAGCCAUGUUGAUGACCAUGAGCCUCGCUAUGGACCUGAGUGGAUAGCCGCUGCUAAAGAUGUCCGGAAUCUCUGCUUGACGCCUUCUCAAGUGCUAGCAGUGUGCUUGAAACCACAAGCAUGA